UCGACAAUGUUCACUCAGUACCGUUACAGGAACUCGCAUAGGAAAAAGGGCUCGGCAGAUUGGUCGCUCAACGCCAACCGGAUGAUGGGUGAUUAUGCAGGCGCCAUUAAAACAAUCCCCGAAGAAAGGAUGAGAUAUAUAGAUAAUCUGAUCACACUCACCCCCACGGAAUUCGUACAGGUUGAUAAGGAAAGGAGAUUGAGGGAUCGUGAGUUGAGCGGUUGUUUGAAAUCGCUGACGUCGCUCUGCGAAAGUGUUAUAAUGAAAAAGGAAUCGAGAGAUACAAUCAGGAAACAAAUCGAAAUGGCUAAACAACAUGCAGAAUACGUUAAAAAUUCUACAAAGAAUAUGCAUUUGGAUACCGCAUAUAUGACCAAAUCGUUUUUCGAUUUAAUGGAACAGUUGGUUACGAGGAGCAAUUUGGACAAUCCCGUCCCAUUUAAAGGGGAUUUUACAGAUAAUCUAUUUACAUCGGAGGAGCCCUGAGAAUGACCG